AUGAAAAGGGAGCUGACGAAGGAGGAUAAAGAGCUCGCUGCCGCUGGAUACGAGCACCUUCACGAGGAAAAAGGCAAGAAAGUUGGCGCCGAGGCAAAUGUACAAAGCGUUGAUAUUUCUGAACACCGGCUUGCGUUCGACGAGCUUGGUGACGCGCUCGGGACGGUGGUUGAUGGCAAGGAGCCGGAGCAUUCGCGAGGGUUGACGGCGGAGGAGGCGAAGACGAGGUUGGCUCAAGAUGGACCUAACAUCCUUACCCCGCCCAAGAAGAAGUCUGCGUUCCGCAAGUAUAUGGAUUGCUUAUUGACCAUGUUCAACAUCCUGCUUAUCAUCGCCGGUAUCCUUGAGUAUAUCCUGCUCGGCAUUGACUACAAGGAUAACUUCCAGAACACGUACUUGGGCGGUAUAUUGAUUGCAGUUGCCUUUCUCAAUGCGUUCAUCGAGUUCUACCAGCUUCAAAAGUCUGAGGCCAUACUUGCUUCCUUCCUGGCCAUGAUUCCGCCCUCCUGUCGAGUCGUUCGCGACGGGACCCUGACUUCGAUACCAGCAGCGAACCUCGUUAAAGGCGAUAUUGUCUUACUUCGUACUGGUGAUAAGACGCCGGCGGAUCUGGUGAUAUUUGGGUCGACGGACUUGAAGGUGGACAACAGUAACUUGACUGGAGAGUCGGAACCACAAGAACGUCGGCCUAUGCCUGAUGGGUCGCGUCUUUCACCGGUCGAGGCCGAGAACUUGGUAUUCAAUUCUACCCUGGUCGUCAAUGGGGAAGGCUGGGGAGUUGUCGCACGGACCGGAGAUCAUACUUUCAUCGGUCAAAUUGCGGCCUUAACUAGCGGUGAGACUGACAACAAGAGCCCCCUCUCCGUCGAGAUAGCACGCUUCGUCAUGAUGGUCUCGACGAUUGCCAUUGUCUUCGCUGUCGUAUUUUUCGUCGUCGGUAUCACGACAGUCUACAAAGGCAAGGCUUCUCAGACUGUGACCUUCGCGGUGUCUAUCUUGGUGGCGUUCGUACCAGAGGGGCUUCCUUCCGUUGUCACCCUUCUGUUAUCCAUUGCUGCAAAGCGUAUGGCGGCCCAGAACGUCCUGGUAAAGGAUCUCCAGGGUGUUGAAACAUUGGUGACUUAUCUUGUGUCUCAGCUGACGUUACUGGCGACGGACAAAACUGGUACGCUUACCAGGAACCAAAUGACCGUAACCAACCUUUGGAGCGGUCAACACAUGUAUACGGCCUUCCAAUCGAACAACGACGAGGCCGAGACCGAGAGCUUCUCUUUCGAUAAGCCCGGCAUGUCGGAGCUAGUCAGCAACGCUUCUCUUAACUCGCGGAUCAAAUUCGAUCGCACCGAUGUCCCCUUCGGUGAACGGACUAUCUUGGGAGAUGCGACCGAAACGGGACUCAUUCGAUUCGCCGGCCGGUAUCUGGUUGACUUUGAUGACUACGUGAAGAGACAUCCGAAAGUCUUUGAGGUUCCGUUCAACUCCACCAAUAAAUGGGCGCUAGUCAUUGUCAAUAAAACCCAUGCAGAAGGACCUCUAACAUUGUAUAUCAAAGGAGCGCCAGAGCGUGUGCUAGCCAAAUGCUCCACAUAUCUGAAGGACGGUAAAGCCGAACCCGUUACGGAGGAUUUCAAAGCAGCAUAUGACUCCGCCUACAACUACAUGGCAUCCAGAGGCCAUCGUGUCAUAGCUUGCGCACAACUGCUGCUUCCAAAGGCGCACUACCCAGCUGACUAUGCAUUCUCGAGGACGGACGUCAACUAUCCAAGUUCGGAUUACUGUUUCACCGGAUUGAUCUCUCUGGAGGAUCCCCCCAAGCACGGUGUUCGUGAGGCCAUCGGGACUCUCCGUCUGGCCGGGAUCAAGGUUAUGAUGGUGACAGGUGAUCAUCCCAAGACCGCGGAAGCCAUCGCGCGGAAGAUCAACCUCAUCCUUGGCGACACUAGAGAAUCGCUGAGCGUCAAAACCGGACGACCAAUCGAAGAAAUAUACGAAGAUGAAGUAUCCGCGGUGGUGGUUCAUGGCGACGAUAUUGACGGGUUGCAAGGGUGGCAAUGGGAUCAAAUCUUCAGUAAAGACGAAAUCGUUUUCGCCAGGACAUCACCCAAGCACAAGCUGGAGAUCGUCAAACAUGCCCAAGCUCUCGGCCACAUUGUCGGCGUUACUGGUGAUGGAGUCAACGACUCCCCUGCGCUCAAGAAGGCGGAUCUGGGAAUUGCUAUGAACAUAUCUGGGUCGGACGUGUCGAAGGAAGCCGCAAACAUGAUUCUGCUAGACGACAAUUUUGCAUCGACCGUCAAGGGUGUCGCCGAAGGACGUCAGAUCUUUGUCAAUCUCAAACGGUCCAUCCAAUAUACCAUUUCGCAUAGUACCCCGGAGGUCAUACCCCAGCUUCUUUACGUUGUUGUUCCCAUCCCACUUCCCCUUUCUGCCAUCCUGAUAUUGGUCAUCGAUCUCGGCUUCGAGCUAUUCGUUGCUCUCUCCUUCGCAUGGGACAAACCGGAGACCGCCGACGGCCUGAUGCGCAUGCCGCCGCGCAAGCCCGUCAGCGACAGCUCCAUCAAGCUGAUCAAGAAGCGCGCGCUGCGGCGGACGAAGACGCUCCGGCGCGACCCCGAAACACAAGAAAUCAUCCGCCCCAGCCGCUGGUCUUUGUUCUGGGGCCAUUGCAAGGCGCCUUUUACACGGGACUUUUGGGAGGAUAAGAUGGAGUCGACGGAGGCGGAGUCGUUGGUGGACAAGAAGCUGUUGAGCUAUGCGUAUUUGGAGGCGGGGGUGAUCGAGAUGCUUGGCGGACUCGUGGCGUACUUUGUGGUGUUUUGGAAAGCGGGGUUCUCUCCGAGCGAUUUGCGGAGAGCGCAGGCUGCGAGCAGUAAUGGAACCACAUACUUCUUAAAGUCCAGUCCGCCGUUUGUCAACUACCGAGGACAGACACUUGAUGCAGCAACACAAGUCGAUGCCUUGGGACAGGCCCAAUCGAUAGUAUACCUAUCUGUCUUCAUCAUCCAAUGCUUCAACGUCUUCGCCGUCAAAGCCAAAUUCAAGUUCCCGUUCGGCAAGAACGCGGUCGCGAACUACUACAACUUCCUGGGCAUCCUCGCGGGCGCGUGCCUGGGCGUGUUCAUCGUGUACACCCCGCCUUUGCACGUCGUCUUUGGGGGCUCGUAUCACCUCUCGCCGCUCUACUGGCUGAUUCCGAUCGCGUUCGGCUGCAUGUUGCUGGUGUGGGCGUCGGUGAGGGUGCUGCUGAUGCGGAAGGGUUUGCGGCAGGCGCGGGUGAAGGAUAUCAAGGGGCUGAUGAUGUGUGAGUUUGUAUUCGAGAAUGUUAAUCUCCGUCUUUCAUUUACAGUCCCUACCAUGCGGACGAUGAGCAUGAGGUCCCGGCAUUAG